AUGAAACACCAUCUCAUGAUAGGCACAUGGACCCCCCCAGGAGCCAUCUUCACGGUUGAGUUCGACGAUGAGGCCUGGACCCUCAAGUUGGUCAAGAGAACACAAAUCCCCCAGGAUGAGCCCAUAUCAUGGAUGACAUUCGACCAUGCACGGCGAAACAUCUACGGAGCUUCAAUGAAGAAAUGGUCCAGCCAUGCCGUCAAAGCACCAGACAACAUCUCACACGAGGUCUCCCAUCCAAUGAACCAUGACCCACGGGCUCAGAGCGCCGACACCAGGACCAGGGCCAUCUUUGUGCUGGCAGCCAAGAAGCCGCCCUAUUGCGUCUAUGGCAACCCAUUCUACGAGCAUGCGGGCUACGGCAACGUCUUUUCCGUCGACGACCAGGGCAAACUCGACAAGAACAUCCAAAACUACGAGUACAGCGAAAAGUCGGCCAUCCAUGGCAUGGUCUUCGACCCCACCGAGACGUAUCUGUAUUCCGCCGACAUGUGGGCCGACAAGAUCUGGACACACAAGAAAGCGAGCGAUGGCACUCUCACCCUGGUCGGCAGUGUCGAUGCACCUUCGGCCGGUGACCACCCCCGAUGGGUCGACAUCCAUCCCAGUGGACACUACCUCUACGUGCUGAUGGAAGCCGGGAAUCGAUUGGGGGUCUAUGUGAUCGACGAGACCACGCACCUCCCCGUCUUCACCCACGACCUGUACCCGCUUGUUCCUCCAGGUGUCCGAGACCUCAAGAAGAUGUACAGAUCGGAUGUGGUGUUUUGUUCACAGAGUGGCAAGUAUCUCUUCGCAACCGCCCGGUCCAAUUCAUUCAGCGUGACCGGCUACAUCAGUGCAUUCAAGCUGGGACCACAGGGCCAGAUCCAAAAACAGCUCUGCAUCAGCCCGACGCCGAACAGCGGCGGGCACUCGAAUGCAGUCAGUCCUUGUCCCUGGACGGAUGAGUGGCUGGCUUUGACGGACGACCAGGACGGAUGGGUGGAAAUCUACCGUUGGCACGACGAGUAUCUAUCUCGAGUCGCCCAUCUGGACAUCAAGGAGCCCGGCUUUGGCAUGAACGCCAUCUGGUACGACUAG